AUGAAGGCGUUUGAAAACUUAAGGGUCAUCCUGCUCAUAGCUGAGGCCAGCGUUGCGUGGGCAGCAAAUUGUUCAUCUACCAAGGGGACCGCAGUCCAUUUAGAUCUUUCAUCACAGUUCAACAAUAAAGCUUUCGGCACGAAACCCGGCGAAGCUUCCUUCGAUGUCUUGAACCAGUCCUAUCCAGCACCCUCAAUCGGCCCUGAAUUCACCUCGUCAGACACGGGCAUCACCUACAGCUUCCCCGGCUACACCGGAGCUGAAAAGUCCGACAACAUCAUCUGCGCCGGCCAAAAACUGCCUGUUCCCGAAGAUGCUUAUUUCUCAGCUUCGUUUCUCGUCGCGGGAGACGUCGAAGGCGCUACAGUCAGUGGAAACGUGUCUUUCACAUACUCUGACAACACAACGUCCGAAUAUGAACUCCGCACACUCAACUGGUUUAGCUUUUUGACCAUCAACCGCGGAGAGAUUAUCUUCCCGAGCCGCUUCACGCCCAAUGGCUCGGAUUUCAAUACGUCGCACAUCUUUGAGCGCAGUGCUGCGCUGCCGACGGGGAAGAAGCUUAGUUCCAUCACUUUGCCUGUGAAGAACAAUGCGACCGAAGGCCGGCUACACAUCUUCGCUAUUUCGUUAUGGCAAUCUUCUGACGUGAGUGUUCAGUCAGUGCGACCGACGCAGAAGUGGAUCGGAAACGGUACCCAAAUAGUUGAGGUCACGGUCAACAAUGCCGGGUCGAAGUGCGUGGCUGGUGAUGGCCUCAAUGUUACCCUAUCGGGUAACGGGUACAAGACAGUGAGGGCGGGAUACACCAAGCGCCUGUGCCCUGGUGACCAGAAAGUAAUCGCCGUUGGAGUCGAAGGUUCCUCUGAAGGGCCGUCCACUGCUGUUGUAGAACUUUUUGACGGAGCAACACGGAGGACGACAUCGGUUGACCUUGUCGAAGUCGGCCUGAAGGAAUGGACACCUGACCUGGACAGUUUAUCCAAACAUGAGAGCCCAGACUGGUUUGAUGAAGCCAAGUACGGCAUCUUCAUUCAUUGGGGUCCUUAUUCUGUCGCAGGCUGGGGCAACUCAACUCCUUAUGAGAGUUAUGCGGAGUGGUUUUGGUGGUAUUCCACGCAUCACCCGGAAGGCGACCGCUCCAAUUUUUACGGGUACCGCCUCGAAACAUAUGGUCCCGAAUGGGCGUACGACGACACGUUUCCCGAGUUCACAGCCUCCAAGUUUGAUGCGAAGGAAUGGGUUGAUCUGUUCGCCGAUGCAGGUGCCAAGUACUUUGUCAUCACCACCAAGCAUCAUGACGGAUUCGCCAUAUUCGAUGCAGGACAAACGUCUAAUCGCUCCGCCAUCCACUAUGGUCCAAAGCGUGAUCUCUUGAAGGAACUCUUCAACGCCGCAGAGACGCAUCAGCCCUCCCUCAAGAGAGGAACCUACUUUUCUCUCCCAGAAUGGUUCAACCCGGACUUUGGGCCUUACGGAUUUGUCCAGUUCCCAACCCCAGAGGCGGUCUCUUGGCCAGGUACCCUAGCGCCGAACCCUUAUACCGGGGAGCCGGAGCCCUAUACCGGCCACGUCCCUGUCGAGGACUUCAUCGCAGACCUGAUGGUGCCGCAGAUGGAGACUUUGGCGUUCGAUUACAAGACGGACAUCAUGUGGUGCGACUGCGGCGCUGCGAAUGGCACUGCAGCAUUCGCUGCCAACUGGUGGAAUAAGGCGCGCGCAGAGGAUCGGCAAGUCGCGAUCAACUCCCGCUGUGGUAUUCCUGAGGCGGCCGACUUUGACACGCCCGAAUACCAAACCAUUGCCUCAGCACAGCGGCGUAAGUGGGAGAGCAACAGGGGAAUGGAUCCUUACUCGUACGGCUACAACCGCGCCACGAAGCCUGAAGAGUACAUGAAUGCCAGUACCAUCGUAUACUCCCUCGUCGACAUGGUAUCGAAGAAUGGCAACUUUCUGCUGGAUAUUGGGCCUCGGGCGGAUGGAACAAUCGUCCAAGCAGAGAUGGAUAAUCUGCGCGAGGCAGGCAAGUGGAUCAAGGCUCACGGUGAAGCCAUCUUCAAUACCACCUACUGGUUUAUCCAGAGUGAGAUUAUCGGAGGGCCAGAAGUGAGAUUUACUCAAACAGACGAGGCGUUCUACGCGAUUUUCUUGGAGAAGCCAAAGGUUGUUGAUGGUUGGGUAAGUAUUGCAGCACCGAUCCCGAUUGUGGACGGCGAUGUGGUCAGUCUCUUAGGAGUCGGAGGAGGGACCGCGCUUGAGUGGAAGUCAAUCGUAGCUGGAGAUAGUCACGAACUGAAGGUGAAGAUUGAUGAGGCCCUGAUUGAGGAAGAUGAGUUUGGCUGGGUAUUCAAGGUUCUGUACGUAUGA